CAAUGAGGAGGGACACCACCCAGAGGGUCAGGCCCCCCGAAAAUAACCCACUACCACUGUGCUGACAAAUGUUGCUGCUUUUCCCGGUGACAGGUUAGCGUAGCGGCUCUGCUGCACUUUUGACUGUGAACUACCAGGUUAAGAGCUGAACCGGGACGGCUGAGCAGCCCCAGACCCCCCAGGUGGACCCCUCCCCCCAGCACAGGUGCUCUGCAGGGAUCCACAGGUGAAGGAAGAUGCAGGAGAACAACUUUGAGCAGCCGCCGUCUCUGUCUCAGCUCCUCAGGGAGAGCUACCUCGCUGAGGCCAGAGCCCAGCAGCGCCGCGGGGAGAUGAGUCACUCCGAUUCGGCAUCGUCCCACUUUCAGGUGUUUUUGCCCCUGAAAGGCAUAGGUGAGGACGCGGGGGGCCAGCAUGACAGCCAAUUCCCAGACCUGUCAGCCUUCCUCAGUCAGGAGGAGCUAGAUAAGAGCGUCAACCUGGCCCAACAGGCCAUCGGAAAAAAGCCUGAAGAGGUGGAGGUCAAAAGCUCGGCAUCACCAUUAACCUCCUCCAACAGCUUCUUGUCUUCAGGUCUGUCCUCCGCUCCUCCCUCUGUUGUUCUUCCCACUCAGCCUAUGGGGCUUUUUUCUGUCGCCUCACCUGAACCGAGCAUCGAAGGCCAAAACACAAGGUUCACAUCUGAAAGAAAGAUGCACAAACCGCUGGCUCGGCAAGAUGGUUUGAACCGGAACGUCGGGAAUUCUGCUGAAGAGUUCAACAACAGGCAGGCGAAGGCUCCCUACAACCUGGAGACCCAGUCCAAGAAGGAGUUCCUCAACAAAGCAGCAGAUUUCAUUGAGGAGCUGUCUUCCCUCUUCAAGGCCAACAGCUCCAAACGGGUACGACCCAGAGCGUGCAAGGCCCACAGGAGCCGGGCCCCGAGCAAGGGCCAGGGCGAAGAGACCGGAUGUCCCCGCAGCGCUGAUGUCAGGGAGCGAGCUGUGAUGCCUGUGGAGGAGGAGAAGCAGCAAGGCGGCCCCCCUGUGAGCCACCUCCCAGCUGUUCUGCAGGAUUCUGUACAUACGGAGGUCCAGCACUGCAGGAGUAAAGAGGAGCGUGAUGGAGGAGUUUCCCGGGAGCCAGAGGAGCAGGCCCAAUGUUUGGCCUCCACAGACGCUUCAUUCCUGUCGGAGACUGUGUGUGAACCUCCUCGUUUUCUUCAGAAACUGAAGAGUAGAGAAGUUCUAGAGGGAACCAAGGUCCAGCUGGACUGCAUUGUAGCAGGACAUCCUGACCCUGAAGUCCGGUGGUUUUGUGAGGGGAAGGAGCUGGAGAACAGCCCUGACAUCCAGAUCCUGUCCGGCGGUCCGCUGCACUCCCUCAUCAUAGCAGAGGCCUUCGAGGAGGACACCGGACGCUACUCCUGCUUCGCCUCUAAUUUCUACGGAACCGACUCCACGUCAGCUGAGAUCUAUGUUGAAGGAGCGUCCUCCUCAGACUCAGACGUGGAGCAGCUCUUUGAGCACGUAGCCCAGCUGCAGACAAAACCGUACCAGGUUUCUGGAUGUAGACCCUCAGCGAGUCCGGCGCGCCCCCCCACGGAGAACGAGCCCGAGGCCGCCGCAGGAGAACCAGCGGAGGAGCUCUCAUCUCCCACACAAGCUGCUCCAGAACCGAUUGUUCCGGCCCAGAUUCCCACAGAGUCACCCUACAUCCCAGACCUGUCUGAAACGCCUGCAGCCCCCCCACUGGAAACAGAGUUACCGGGGCAGCAGUUUUCAGCUCCAUCAGGAGGCCCUGCAGAGGAGGCCUCAUCAGCAGCACCGGCAGAAACCUCCGGACCUCCUCCUGUGGACUCAUCUGUGCAGCCGGUCCACUUCCAGAGUUCGGCUCCGAGCCACAGCGGUCAGCAGGUUUCAGACGGCCGGCCGGUCAUGGCUGCACCCGUGUUCACAAAGAACCUGCUGGACCUCGCUGCAUCGCAGGGCCAGCUGGUGGUGCUGGAGUGCCGCGUUAAAGGGGUGCCGGCGCCGAAGGUGGACUGGUUCCGAGAGGGAAAAGUCCUGGAGGACUCGCCGGACUUCCGGAUCCUACAAAAAAAGGACAUCUGCACUUUGGUGAUUGCGGAGGUCUUUGCUGAGGAUUCUGGGAUGUUUACCUGCAUCGCAAGCAACAAGUAUGGAACCGUGUCCAGCAGCGCCGCACUGAAGGUCAAAGGCGACGGCAGCAACAUCACCCACAUCAGGCCGCUCAGCGGUUCUCUGCUGGAGUCCGGUCCAGUCCCAGAGGGCCCCCCUUCUGUCAGUGUGAGCAGCCGCAUCCAGCCCCAUACCAGCAUCGCCCGUCUGGACCCGCUGACCAUCAGCCGUCUCCAGCUGGAGCCCCACAGCGCCCCCCUGACCGGUCCAGACCCCCACCGCACCAGCCUGCCUGUCUCCAGCUCUGCCGGGAACCUAGAUCCUGGUUCUGUCGACCCGGAGCCCCUCGGAGUCAGCCGGACACAUCGGGGGGGGCUCAGCGGCAGGAAGAUUUUCUCUCAUCUGAAGCCCAGCAGCUCUUCUCCAGGUUCUGAGCAGGGCGGGUCCAGACCUUCAGAGACCACGCUGGUCCAGAAGACCUCAAAGCACCAAACCCAGAGCGGCGCUGUGGUGUCCCUCCCUGACCCCCCCCCAAACUCCUGCCUGAAAACCGGCGCCCUGAAUAACCACAAAGACCCCCGCUCUGGUUCCAGGGUCGGUCUGAGAGUGCACUUCAAACUGCCCGAGGAUGAGGAGGGCGACUCCUCCAGUGACUCUGAGGAAGACCCCCUCCUGGCUUCAGCCGGCAAAGAGCCCCCCCCGGUGCUGGCCAAACCCAAACUGGAUCCCAGUCAGCUGCAGCUCCUGCACAACCAGGUCCUCCUGGAGCAACAGCAGGAGACGCAGUCCCAGCCCCGGACCCCCACCCGGCCUCCACUUCAGCCCCCAUCCCCCCUGCAGCCGGAGCUCCAGAGCCCCCCUGAAAGUCUGAUGUGGUCUCCCAGAAUGCAGCGGGAACCUCAGGUGCCAGUUUUCCAGUCUGUCUUGAGCCCCCCCCCACAGAUUUCUGGCCCUCCUCCACCUACCUCCACCCCUGCUUCUGCUCCAACACUCACGGCUACGGCUUCACCUCCUUUCAAACCCUCCCCUGCUCCUCCUCUGAGCUUUUUGCACGCUCCACAUGUGAAGACGCUCCCCUCCCCUCCACCCGCCCCACUCCUGAGCACACCACCUGCAGGUCAGAGCAGCACCAUCCACGCCUCCCACCUGAACCUCUCCCCAGCGGCUCUCUCCAGGACUGCCCUCCCCCCUGCCUUUUCCUCCCCCCCUGCGCCAAAGCUCAGCAUCCUCCCCCCGGAUCUGAACACGCAGCAGAUCUCCUCUCCAGCUGCCGUCCUGAGGAGCGCCCACGCCUCGCUCAUGAACCUCACAUCCAUCUCCUCCACCUUCAACUACGCCCGGCCUAAGGAGUUCAUAGCAGCUCAGGCCCAGUCCCCCGUCAUGAGUCCGUCUCCAACAGAAUCUCCCGUUCCUCUCCUGCAGGAGCUGGCCGCUGAGCUCAACUCCUCGGCUGCCAGCUCCCCGAUCCCUCCGCCGUUCUCCCCGACAAGGGUGCUGAAGUCCCCCACCAGCCCCCCAUCCCUCGUGUCCUCGCCGACUCCAGCCUCGUUUCUGAACAGCAUGUCCUCCUUACGAGCCCAGUCCCCCCCGCAGGCCUCAUCCCCUACCUUAAGCAGCUCCACCCCCAGCCCCAUCCAGAACCCGGUGGCCUUCCUCAGCUCCGUCCUGCCGUCACUGACUCCAAGCCAACCCACCAACUCCAUGGGUCUGCCCAAAGGAGCCCCCCUAGGAGUUCAGAAGAGGGCGCAGAAGGUCCGCCUCCCGUCAGCGGGAAACAUCCGUGACAGCAAAGAGCUGCUCCUCCUCGACCUUGAGAAGCUACGUCUCAAAGACGGCCCUCCGAAGGCGGAGCACCUGCAGAAGCUGAGUGAUAAGGGGGAAACAGCGGGCAGACUGCUUGGACCAAACAUUCCUGCUACUGUCUUUAACUAUGAUGAGGAGUACAAAGUCUCCAACUUUGAGCAAAGGCUGAUGAGUGAGAUCGAGUUCCGUCUGGAGCGAACGCCGGUGGAGGAGUCGGAUGAGGAGGUGCAGCACGACGACGUGCCCUCUGGGAGAUGCAUUGCCCCCAUUUUUGAUAAGAAGCUGAAGAACUUCAAGGCGGUGGAGGGCGUGCCCGUGACCUUCUCCUGUAAAGUGGUGGGAGUUCCUCCUCCAAAGGUUUACUGGUUCAAAGACGGGAAACAGAUCUUGAGGAAAAAUACUCAUUACAAGAAGGUGAGGGAGGGGGACGGGACCUGCGCCUUACAUAUAGAAUCCACAACCAGUGAUGAUGAUGGGAACUACACCGUCAUGGUUGCAAAUCCUCAGGGACGAAUCAGCUGCUCGGGUCACCUGAUCGUUCAAAGUGGACCUCCUCGACACCGCCUCGCUCCCCUCCACCCUCAGAGAGUGCGAUCCCGCGUUCAGGAAGUCGAAGGAGAACAAACGCAGGAGCGCUUCUUCCGGCCUCACUUCCUGCAGGCUCCAGGGGACAUGAUGGCCCACGAGGGCCGACUCUGCAGACUGGACUGCAAAGUGAGCGGCCUCCCCAGCCCGGAGUUGAUGUGGCUCGUCAACGGAAAGCCCAUCUAUCCAGAUCUCACCCAUAAGAUGCUGGUCAGGGAGAACAGCGUCCACUCGCUGGUCAUCGAUCCGCUGAUGCAGAACGACGAGGGAACCUACACGUGCAUAGCGAGCAACAAGGCCGGGCAGAGCUCCUUCAGUCUGGAGCUGAAGGUCGUGGAGAAGGAGACCAAGCACGCCCCCCAGUUCGUGGAGAAGCUGCAGAACAUGGGCAUUCCUGAGGGGAGCCCGGUGAGGCUGGAGUGCCGGGUGGUGGGCAUGCCGCCCCCGCUCAUCUUCUGGAAGAAGGACAACGAGACCAUCGCCAAAGACAGAAUAAGUAUGACUCAGGAUGCUACAGGAUACGUGUGUCUCCUCAUCCAGACAACCGGCAGAGACGAUGCCGGCUGGUACACGGUGUCGGCCAAAAAUGAGGCCGGGGUCGUUUCCUGCACCUGCAGACUUGACAUCUAUGCGCAGUGGCAUCAGAGCGUCCCACCCCCCAUGAGGAAAACCCCCCGGACAGGCAGCCGCUACGCCGCUCUGAUGGGACAGGGACUCGACGUCAAGUCCGCCUUCCCCACGUCCGACACCAGCCCCAUCCUGUUCGCCAGCUCCCCCCCCGAAGCCACGCUGGAGAGCGAGGAGCUGUGAGCCGGGCGGGGGCCACGUCCUGUGACCCCCCCUGAAGGAUGAGCAGAUGUUGCAUCAGCGAGGAGCAAACAGUCUGUCACCAUUCCUCAGACGUGGAGCCUUUUACAUGCAAAGGCUGCAAAUGAGUCUUAGCUCCCGAGCCCCCAGCAUGGGGGGGGGGGGGGGGGGUCCUGUACAUUUAAACGGUUUUUAAUGUUUUUCAGCGUCAUUCAAGCCGCCGACGGUCUCUGAAUAUCUGCUUUUGCUUUGUAACAAACCCCUUUACUCUGAAAAGCACACAGGUCUGACAGCAGGCCGUACGUUCUGCAUUGAAGGCAUUGAUCCUAUAGCUGCUGCAUCAGAAUAACAGCAAGAAAUAUUGAUCACAGAUGAACGUUUAGGAGCAGAAUCUGCAAACCGAUCAGAAACAUGGAAGCUCUGAAGUUCUACUCCUAGCCCUUGUGCUAUCUGUGGGGUCCAGAUGACCCCAAAGGGGAGUGGGGUCCAGAUCUGGGGUCGGAUAGCACAAGGGCUAAACGCUCCACAGGACUUUUCAUCCCAUCCCCUCCGUGUUCCUCCAAAAGAAAACCAUCAAUUCCCGCCUUCGUCCAUAUUACAAACCAUUUUCUAAAAUGUUGCUGAGGUGCAGCGGGUCUCCAUCAGACCAACCGGUUUCUCUGCAGGUUAGGGUUCGAUUCCUGCAGGGGUUCUGGUCCGUCUCCAUCUUCGCCGAGUUCUGAUGUUUAUUUGUUGGAAGCUGUUUCCUGUUUCUUUAUUGACACUGAAAUGCCCUGAAGCCUUUCCGGAAGCAUCCGUGUGUUUGGACAUCAGGAUCACGUCUCACAUUUCUGCUGGAGACAGACUCUGUUUAUAUAAAAUGUCUCAUUCAGUCUCUUUUCCUGUGAGUUUAUGAGUGUUUAUCGGCUUAAGUUGGUUUGAUUUCAGGUGUUUGAUGCUUGAACUAUUUUCAACUGAUGUAAAGUUGCACACUGUAAAAUACUUUUGUUUGAAUAAAGUUCUAUUUCUUCUUA